GUUUUUGGUUCCAGUGCUCCGCCCCUAACAAAUGAUUAAAGACCCAGACUAACUAAACAACUAAAACAACCCGUUUCAACUUCUGAAAAGAGAAUCUUACUUUUCCUCUGCAGUAGCUCUUCAUCUCAGGUUUGUCACAAUGAGAUUUUUAAUCUCAUUGUCUGUCUGCCUGCUGUUGUUGAUUUAUGGUGAAAUGAUCAGUGGACAAACAUCAGUAUCUACAACAGUCAGCUCUGACCCGUGCUAUGAUUAUAACAUCAUUGAUGAAUAUUGGAGAGACAUACGGCUAAACCCACCCCAGGAUCGUGACCACGAUGACAGUCUUGUUGAGUGGAACGGCUGGUAUCGACUGUAUUUAAAUGGAGAAAGUGCUCAGAUGUCUGAAUGGUGUGUGAGUUUAAUGGGAUGUGGUGGUGAAACUGCACUGUAUCUCAGUGGUUCUCAUCCACGGCUUGAGGAUGGAGUGGUGACCCGUGAGGUUAUUGGAGGUAAUUUGUGGGAAUACCGGUGUGGUCACUACAGCUCCAACCCCAUCCAAGUCAAAGCCUGUCCAGGAGAUUAUUAUGUUUAUAAACUUGUAACACCAAAUGUGUCACUCAACAAGCCUUCAUACUGCGCAGUUGCUUUCAGCAGCAUCAACAAUGAUCCCUGUUACAACUAUGAGUCUCUGGAUCGUCCCUGGAGAGCAACAUCUGUAGGUGGAUUGUACAUUUGUGAUGGUGAUUUCUCCUGGAACGGCUGGUACAGACUUUAUCAUUAUGGGAUGAACAUCCAAAUGCCAGAGAGCUGUGUUUAUGCAUACAGUUGUAACACGGUCAUUAGUCUGUCACUCAGUGGUCCUCAUCCUCAGAUAGAAGAUGGGGUGGUGACCCGUGAGGUCUGUGGGGGGAAUUUGUGGUAUAGUUCCUGCUGUGAUGUGAAGUCAGAACCAAUCAGAAUUAAAGCCUGUCCAGGAAAUUACUAUGUCUAUGAACUUGUAAAACCAUUAGACUUCUGUGCUGGAUACUGCACAGAUGUCAGCACCGUCUCUCAGACAGACUCCACAACAACUACAGCUAUGAUUACUGGAUCCAGCAUCACCAUGAGUGAUCCAUGCUCAAACUACAAAAUACUGGACAACAACUGGAGAAACACACACAAUGUACUGAAUAUGUUUGGAUAUAUAAAUGGACAUGAUGACACUCGUGUAAAAUGGGACGGCUGGUAUCGACUCUUCCUCAAUGGAUCGAGUGCUCAGAUGCCCGAGUGGUGUGUUAAUGUCAUGACAUGUGGAGGUUUCAGUUCUCUGUGGCUUGCUGGUUCUCACCCUAAAGUCGAAGAUGGAGUUGUUACUCGUGAUGUCCACGGCUCUUAUUAUUAUGAGUGCAAUUAUUACACAUCAAACCCAAUCCAGGUCAAAGCUUGUCCUGGAAAUUCUUAUGUCUACAAAUUCACCAGACCAAAUCUAGCGAUCCCACUGCCUAGCUAUUGUGCAGUUGCUUUCAGCACUCCAAGUGUCGACCCGUGUUACAGCUACACCAGUCUGGAUGAACCCUGGAGAGCCAUUGAUAAUUCUGUAAAUAACUAUUACAACUACUACAACUACUACAAUGGCAUGUGUGAUUAUAAUGUCGAUUGGAACGGCUGGUACAGACUUUUCCUCAAUGGUCAGAGUGCUCAUAUGCCGGAGUCGUGUGUAAGUCGAGGGAUGUGUGGCACUUAUGCCCCAAUGUUCCUCAAAGAUCCUCAUCCACAGCUGGAAGAUGGAGUGGUCAGACGAUAUGUCUGUUUGUCCUCAUGGGACGGCUGCUGUCGUACUGAAUCUCAUGCCAUACAAGUCAAAGCCUGUCCAGGAAACUACUACGUUUAUGAGUUUGUCAAACCAAUGGUCUGUGCUGCUUACUGUGCAGCUCCUACUGAUCCGUGUCCAUCACUCAACUGUACUGAAGAUGAAUAUUGUGGAGAGAGGAGCGGUGUUUACGGCUGUUUCUGCAAAGACAACCAAACCAGAUCUGAUCCUGACUCUUUUGAUUUCUUUGAAACCUGUGAAAGCAGUACAGGAUCAAUAUCUUUAUCUCGCUGUCAGCUCUUUGAAGCUGGUUUUUCAGCAAGUGACCUACAUCUCAAUGAUCCCAGCUGCAGAGGAAUCAUCCAGAACGGCCGAGUGGAGUUUAGUUUUGAUAACAAUGGACACACCUGUGGUACAAAUCUUGUGGCCAAUGGCACUCAUAUCAUCUAUGAGAACUUUAUUCUGAGUGGACAACAAUCAUCUGGAGACAUCAUCAGCAGAGAGAGAAAUCUGAAGUUAUCUUUCAGCUGUGCUUACCCCCAAACCCAAACACUUUCUAUGAUAGAAAUCAACCCACUGGAGAGUGUUGUGCACCAGACCCUUCCUGCUGGUCAAGGGAUGUAUCAGGUCCGAAUGAUCCCAUAUGAGGACGUUGGGUUCUCUCAGCCCUUCAAUGGUAGUGUGGAUGCAGAACUCAACCAGGAGAUUUUUGUUGAGGUUCGUGUUGAUGGGGUUGACAGUCGACAGUUGGUGACAGUGAUUGACACAUGUUGGGCUACACCUGUGAAUGAUCCAGAUUACAGUCUGCGCUGGGAUCUCAUCACUGGAGAGUGUCCAAAUCCACAUGAUAACACAGUGAAGAUUCUUCAGAACGGUGUCUCAACAUCCAGCCGUUUCUCCUUCAGGAUGUUUGUCUUCAGCGUAGACUCCAUUAAAGUUUACCUGCACUGUGCUGUUCAUCUUUGUUUGGCAAACAAUAACUGCACAACUUCCUGUGUAUCUGGGUAUCAUCAGAGGUCCCGCAGGUCUCUGGAUUUCCAUGCCAGUUCCUCCAUAUCCAUGGGUCCUCUGAUUGGGUCUGAUGGAAACACAGGUAUCUCAAAUCAAAUAGGGACGUCUGUGGCUUCAUGUUUGUGUAGUUCUCUGAUGGUGUUGCUUGUUUCUCUGAGUUUUCUUCCCUUCCUUCAGUAGAUUUCUACAAAAUACAGAACAAACUUUUAUAUGCAUAUCAUCUAAUCUCAUUUAAUAAAUUCUUGCCUUAUUAAAACUGUCUAGAUUUUUUAUUUUGUAACUAAGCUCAUUGCUUAUAUUCAUCGAUAAUGACUUAUAAGGAUUAUAAUAAUUAUUAUUUUACAAAAAAUAACCUUAUAGUUUUUUUAAAGAUGAAUUGCAGGAAUAAAGAUCAUCAGACUCAUGUUAAUUGACUUCAUGCAAAAACAGAAAAUCUCAAAAGAUUUUGCUGAAGUUCUGUGAAAGAUAAAUAUGUGUAUUAUAAUAUCAGUUUAUGCAAAUCUAUUCUAACUGAUGAAUUGAUGUGGUGAUAUUUUUGUAAUACUAAAUAAUAAAAGAUUAGUAAGUGGAGAAGUUAUUGUUGCAAAGAAAAUAUUCUGGCACUGUCAUGUACUUGGACAUGAGAAAUGUUGACUAACCAGUUAAACCCUAUUUUCAGUCACUGAUAAGCACAAGUUUCUAAAAAUAACUGUAUAUUUGUUUCCUUCUUGUUUUGUUCUUCUCAUCAGCUACGAUAUCUUAAAAAAAAAUAUUUUCUUUCUGUGCAUUUGCUGAUUAAGUUCAACUUUAUAAGAUAUAAUGCAGCAAUAAAAAUAGCCUCCAGCAUAUUCAUAAAUCACAUAUUUUUAAAUAACAGAUUAUGUGAACUAUAUUUAAGCAUUUAAAAAAUGUUUAAAAUAUAAAGGCGGUGUUGUUUAAAUAGCAUUGCACUCUUUCCAGUGAGAUACACGCAAAACAGAUUAGUCAACAAAUCUUUCAAAUAGCUUUGACUAAUUAUAAAACAAUGCACAAAAAUAAUUUAAGAGUGAUGUUUGAGAUAUCAAAGUUUAUACUGCCUUUUAUUAAAAUAUUCAGUAAAGAAAUGUAAUUUAACAUUAAUAGAUAAUGCACUCUGUAUUCAAGAUGCCAUAGAUGUAAGGUGAAUGUAAGGUUAAAAAAUAUUAGUAUUAUUUACUGUGUUUAUGAUUGUUACUCUGUAUUUGU